GACACCGUCCUCUUGUUCUUCUGUGGCAACCAGGGCCAGACGUCUGUCUGUCAGGUCGGGAGGACAAGGGCAAGCGUGAGAGACAGAGAGAGAGAAAGAGAAGCAGCAGCAGCUCAGAGACAAGAAAGUCAGGGAACUAUCCCGUCCUCAGUCAUUACAGUUAAUAAUCCAGAGGGGGAACAGAACAGAAAGUAACAGCACAAGGAUGAUGACCAUGGUGGAGACCACGGUGGUGCACUAUGAUAAUGGCUACGAGGAGGUGUACAUGAACCAGGAGGAUGAGUGGGACAGGGACAUGCUGCUGGACCCGGCCUGGGAACAACAGCAGAGGAAAACAUUCACAGCCUGGUGUAACUCCCACCUGAGGAAAGCUGGCACUCAGAUUGAAAAUAUCGAGGAGGACUUCAGGAAUGGACUGAAACUCAUGCUGCUUCUGGAGGUUAUCUCAGGAGAGAGGUUACCCAAGCCAGACAGAGGGAAGAUGCGGUUUCAUAAGAUUGCUAAUGUCAACAAAGCGUUGGACUUCAUCACGAGCAAAGGAGUGAAACUGGUCUCCAUCGGAGCUGAAGAGAUUGUGGACGGUAACGUGAAGAUGACUCUUGGAAUGAUCUGGACUAUCAUCCUCCGCUUCGCCAUCCAAGACAUUUCUGUUGAAGAAACAUCUGCCAAGGAAGGUCUUCUGCUGUGGUGUCAGAGAAAGACUGCCCCCUACAGGAAUGUCAAUGUCCAAAACUUCCAUGUCAGCUGGAAGGAUGGCCUGGCCUUCUGCGCCCUGAUUCAUAGACACAGACCCGACCUCCUCGACUACUCUAAGCUCAACAAGGAUGAUCCUCUGGGGAACCUGAACCUGGCUUUUGACUUAGCCGAAAAACACCUGGACAUUCCCAAAAUGCUGGACGCAGAAGACAUCAUCAACACCCCCAAGCCUGAUGAAAGAGCUAUCAUGACCUAUAUGUCCUGCUUUUACCAUGCUUUUGCUGGAGCUGAGCAGGCAGAGACGGCUGCCAACAGGAUCUGUAAGGUGCUCGGUGUGAACCAGGAGAAUGAGAAAAUGAUGGAGGAGUAUGAGAGACUGGCCAGCGAGCUGCUGGAGUGGAUCCGCCGCACCACUCCCUGGCUGGAGAACCGGACCCCAGAGAAGACCAUGGCGGAAAUGCAGCGGAAGCUGGAGGACUUCAGGGACUACCGACGCCAGCACAAGCCCCCUAAAGUGCAGGAGAAGUGUCAGCUGGAAAUUAACUUCAACACCCUGCAGACCAAGCUGCGGAUCAGCAACCGCCCUGCCUUCAUGCCCUCUGAGGGGAAGAUGGUGUCUGACAUAGCCAGUGCAUGGCAGGGCCUGGAAGGGGCAGAGAAAGGCUUCGAGGAGUGGCUCCUUACAGAGAUCCGCAGGUUGGAGAGGCUGGACCACCUGGCUGAAAAGUUUCGCCAAAAAGCCACCAAUCAUGAGAACUGGGCCAGCGGUAAAGAACUGAUUCUCACCCAGAAGGACUAUGAAACCGCCACCCUGACAGAAAUCCGAGCAUUGCUUCGAAAACACGAGGCCUUUGAGAGCGACUUGGCAGCCCACCAGGACAGAGUGGAGCAGAUUGCCGCCAUUGCACAGGAGCUAAAUGAGCUGGACUACCAUGACGUGGCUGCUGUGAACCUGCGCUGCCAGAGCAUCUGUGACUUGUGGGACAAGCUGGGAACCCUGACUCAGAAGAGGAGAGAGGCACUUGAGCGGACAGAGAAGCUGCUGGAGACAAUUGAUCAGUUGUUCUUGGAGUUUGCCAAGAGGUCGGCCCCUUUCAACAACUGGAUGGAAGGAGCCAUGGAGGACCUGCAGGACAUGUUCAUAGUGCAUACUAUUGAAGAGGUCCAGAGUCUAAUCGCGGCUCAUGAGCAGUUCAAAGCUACUCUACCAGAGGCGGAUGCAGAGAGACAGGCCAUCUUGGGAAUCCACAAUGAGGUGCAGAAGAUUUCCCAGAGCUAUGGGAUCAAGGCCAACAUUAUCAACCCGUAUAGCACCCUCACAACUGAAGAGCUCCUCAACAAAUGGGAAAAGGUGAAGAAGCUGGUUCCUCAGAGAGAUGGUGCCCUCCAGGAGGAGAUGGCUCGUCAGCAUGCCCAUGAAAGGCUGAGACGACAGUUUGCUGCCCAGGCUAAUCUGAUUGGACCCUGGAUACAAGCCAGGAUGGAGGAAAUUGGGCGCUGCUCCCUGGAGAUACGAGGCGCCCUGGAGGACCAGAUGACCCAGCUGAAGCAAUGCGAGCACGUCAUUGUUGCUUACAAGCCCAACAUCGACAAGUUGGAGGGAGACCACCAGCUAAUCCAAGAGUCCCUGGUGUUCGAUAACAAGCACACCAACUACACUAUGGAGCAUAUCCGCGUCGGGUGGGAGCUGCUCCUCACGACCGUCGCCCGAACCAUCAACGAGAUUGAGACCCAGAUCCUGACCCGGGAUGCCAAAGGCAUCAGCCAGCAGCAGAUGAAUGAGUUCAGAUCCUCUUUCACCCACUUUGACAGGAAGAAGAAUGGAGCCAUGGAGACUGAUGACUUCAGAGCCUGCCUCAUCUCUAUGGGUUAUGACUUGGGGGAGGUGGAGUUUGCCCGUAUAAUGAUCCUGGUGGACCCCAAUGGUACUGGAAACGUCUCUUUCCAGUCUUUCAUUGAUUUUAUGACCAGAGAGACUGCUGACACAGACACUGCUGAGCAGGUUGUGGCGUCCUUCCGGAUCCUGGCAGCUGACAAGCCCUACAUACUAGUGGAGGAGCUGAGGAGAGAACUUCCCCCUGAACAAGCAGAGUAUUGCAUCAAGAGGAUGCCGGCUUACGCCGUCCAUGGAGCACCACCCGGGGCACUGGACUACACCGCCUUCUCCACUGCCCUCUAUGGAGAGAGCGACCUUUAACCAACUAGAAACAGCUUUCAUCUACUGACCGUGUACCUAACCGCCCCCUCCCUGCCCUCCAUCUCUUGCUGAAUUUAAGGAAUCUAUACAAAAGUUGGAUCCAAUAUGUUGAAUUAAAUGUGUUUGUGACCCUACCAGGUAUUUGUUGAUUAGUUUUCUGAUAUUAGACUGUCUGUAAUCAUGCUGAGCAUUGUCUGUUGUCUUGGCACUCUGCUGCUGUCCUCUUGGAUAAAAAUGCCCCCUAAACAAAUAGAAAUGGCCAUGCAUAAAUUAUAUUGUGAGAAACAACAAUGUACAUUUUAUCUUGUGUGAUAUGGUGUUUGUGCAGAAAGUAGGGUUCUGUGAUUGUGAAAUUUACUCCCAUCAAAAAAUACAGAUCAUUUGGUAAUAUGCUAACAGGAUCAUGGUGUUUCAGUUGAAGAAAUUAGACAUAAAGUUCUAUCUUGUCCAGCAAUGUCAUGUUUUGUUUUCAUGUUUCCUCACAGCGCCUUCGUUUCGGGAAUACAAUCUUCCGAUAAGGCAUUUUGAGAUGCUUUAAAGUGAAUUACUGUUUGCAAAAGCAAUUUUAGACCCACUGCCAUCCAACAGUAAACAGUGUACAAAAUGGGUUCCUGAAAGUCUAAAAAUAUACAGUAACAACAAGAGGAAAAGAAGUGGGAAACCACAUGAAUGUGAAAGUAAAUGUUUACAAUUUGCAUAGUGGUUUAAAGGCAGAGACCACAUAUUAAAUGUGCGGUAUUGUGUUUUAAGAUGAAACAUUUUCUCAGGCAGCGACAAACACAUUAAUGCUUACACGUGCCUAGAAAUGUGCAAUAAAUACACAAUUAAGAAAAAGAAGAUCAAAUGAAGCACACAGGUCAAGUCUUCAUUUAUACCAGCUUGGAAAAAAUAGAUUACAAAUACAAUUGUCCAUGGUAGCAGUAUUCAUCUAAAGCCUUCAAUUUGUGUUGGAGGUUCCCUUUUUCCUCCAUUUCUUUUUGUUCGAUGGCUGCAAGAGAUACAAAGCAUCUUGUUUGCAUUUGUGCUUUAUUAAACGUGGGGAAAGUUUUGCCACUAUAGUGUGGGGCGAGGAUAUUGUAUGGCGCACACGACACCCUUUAUGAAAUGUGUGUUGGAUUACUCUUUAACAUACUUUAUUCUUAUCAUUAUUUACACUACAGCAUCUUUUCAUAGUCAUUUUUUCUAUUUUGUUUCUGCUGCCAAAGUCAUUGUGCUGACAUUCGUCUGUCUUUUCCCGACUUUCUCUAGAGACAUGUAAGCAUUUUUUUCCCCGCUUGUUCCUGCUCGAAGUUUUGGCUUAAAAAUCAACUCCAUAUUUAGCCAUCUAUGUGUCGUAUGCCUUUAACGUGUGUGCUGAAGUUGUUUCCACAUUUAAGACCUAGAACUAUACGCUGAUUCCUGAUUUGUAUACAGCUGUUUGGCUACAUGUUACCUUUCCGUAUACUCACGUUCUAUACCGUUUGAGAAUAAAAUUAAGAAAUUGUAUUUAAAGAAGUUCCAUAUUGUCAUACACAAAUGGAGUAUUUAAAUAUACAGUAGUGGCGAUGCUUUAACCAAAAUCUGCUAGUUAUGUAUAUGCUCUAAUGCUAACUCUAUGCAAUUUGCUUUCUGCUAAAAACAAUAAUGUAAUGAUAAAUCAAACAUUUUGUGUGCUUGAUUUGGCACCCUUUUGCAAUUUAUGAAUCAUCGAGAGUGCUAAAGUACUGUGGAAGUUAUCAAAGUAAUGUAACUCUCUGUGAAGAGGAUCAUUGGCUGCUUCACACAAACUGAAGCACAAAAUUAAAUUUAGAUGCAAGCAAUCCCCGUUAAAAGACAACUGAACAUUACCUUAGUCACCACUGAUCUCUAUAGACCCAAGAGAUUUUCUCAUUUUUGGUGAAAGCUUUGAUUUGUUGUAUAGGAAAAUAAAAGAUACUCAGGCGGUACUAUCAUCUUGAAGACAUUUGCUGGCUUUGUUAUCAACAAAUUCAGUGAGUUAAACUUUGUACUUAAGGGUAAUGGAUUAAUUAAAUGGAUAGAAAAAUAAAGUUUGUGACUAAUUCAAACAAUUAUUUCAAUGAAAUAAAUCAUUGCUUGUA